GCGCUGACACUCUGACAGUCCGGAGCGGAGGGCAGUGCGGACUGCGUGUGGCCCCGAACAUGGCGGUACGCGGAGCCGUGCUGGGGAGGCUGCUGCAGGGGAGGCCCUCCCGGGGCACAUUCAGCAGGAGCUGCGUCUCCGGGGCCCCGGCCGUGCAGGGCCUGUCCAGCGCAGAGAGAAAGAGGUUCAUCAAGGAGCACCCGGUGCCUUUCUCUGCCUUCCUUACCGACAGCUUUGGCCGGCGGCACAACUACCUCCGGAUCUCCCUCACUGAGAAAUGCAACCUGAGAUGUCAGUAUUGUAUGCCGGAGGAAGGAGUCAAACUGACGCCGAAGGCCGAGCUUCUCACCGCCUCGGAGAUCCUCGCCCUGGCCAGGCUGUUCGUCCAGGAGGGGGUGGACAAAAUCCGGCUAACCGGCGGAGAGCCGCUCAUCCGCCCCGACGUGGUGGACAUCAUAGCUGAGCUCCGGAAGCUGGAAGGACUGAAAACGAUCGCGUUAACGACGAACGGAAUAAAUCUGAGCCGGCUGCUCCCCAGACUGAAAGACGCCGGCCUCGACGUGCUCAACGUCAGCCUCGACACGCUGGUGCCGGCCAAGUACGAGUUCAUCGCACGCCGGAGAGGUUUCCAUAAAGUCAUGGAAGGAAUCAGUAAAGCCAUCGAGUUGGGGUAUAACCCGGUGAAGGUUAACUGCGUGGUGAUGAGGGGGCUGAACGAGGACGAGUUGCUGGAUUUUGUGGCGCUCACCGAGAAGCAGCCGCUGGAGGUGCGAUUCAUCGAGUACAUGCCCUUCGAUGGCAAUAAAUGGAACUUUAAGAAGAUGGUGAGUUACCAGGAGAUGCUGGACUCCAUCCGGCAGAGGUGGCCGGACCUGGAGAAGCUCCCAGCCGAGACGUCCAGCACGUCCAAGGCUUACAAGGUGCCGCAUUCCCAGGGGCAGGUGGGCUUCAUCACCUCCAUGUCCGAGCACUUCUGCGGGUCCUGCAACAGGCUGCGGAUCACAGCGGACGGGAACCUCAAGGUGUGCCUUUUCGGGAACUCUGAGGUGUCCCUGAGAGACUGGCUGCGCUCCAACGCGAGCGAAGAGCAGCUGGUGCAGAUCAUCGGGGCCGCCGUUGGACGGAAGAAAAAACAGCAUGCCGGUAUGUUUAACAUCUCCCAGAUGAAGAAUCGACCGAUGAUCCUGAUUGCACAUCCUCUAAGACCCUCCAGAGCCCCUCGGGGUGUCCCGCGAGCCGUUGCUGGUGUUGCCUCCAAGCCCAAGGCCGUAUUUAACGCCGACUCGGUUCGUUCUCUCCGGAGUGUUUUUAGUGGAAAACCAUACUUUUCGCAGUGUUUUCAAAGCCACAAAUUUCCCACCCCGGUGCUUCAGUGGCGUUGUUACUCCAGCGAUCGCCGUCCCUCCCCCGCUCCGGCGUGCCUUACCGGCCAGAAGUCUCCGAAUAACGAGGCGGAAAGCCGUUUUACCGACGAGAACUCUAACGAUGUAACUGAAGUGCAGAAUUCCGACACGCGCAGAGACUCCGCGCGCCUGACGCACGUCGACGCGGAAGGAAAGGUCGCCAUGGUCGACGUCGGGAUGAAGCCUGAGACGCCUCGGACGGCCGUGGCCACUGCCGUGGUUCGGCUGGGUCCGGAGGUCUUCGAACUGGUGCGCUCUAACCAAAUGAAGAAGGGCGACGUUCUCACCGUGGCGCAGAUAGCGGGCAUCCAGGGCGCCAAACUCACCGGCCGUCUCAUCCCCCUGUGCCACGGCAUCUCGCUCACCCACGUGGACGUCUCUCUGACGCUGGAGCGCUCUCGCUUCGCCGUGCUCAUCACCGCCACGUGCCGCACGAGCGCCCAGACCGGCGUGGAAAUGGAAGCGCUGACGGCCGCGAGCGUGGCGGCUCUCACCGUGUACGACAUGUGCAAAGCGGUCACGCAUGACAUCACCAUCGAAGAGGUGAAGCUCCAGAGCAAAACCGGGGGUCAGAGGGGGGACUUCGUGCGCUCCGCCGGCUGAACCCUCCGUAGGAUCGGAUCGCGCAGGAACCGCGGAAUCCAAAGAUUUAGGUUUAUCUGAGAAAAUUCAGAUAUCGCUUUGUCUUUGUUUAUCACAGAUGUAUUUUUGGGGAUUUUUGUACAAAAUAGUUUGUAAUUCUCGUAUAUUUGGGUUUUUCCAACGUUUUGUAUUCCCUUUUAAUACACAAAUUCUGAGCCUCGUCUUGAAGAAGCUCCUUCUCCGCAGCGUCUGACGUCAGACUUAGGCUUCCCGUCCCACUUUUGGUUACUUACGACCGGUAAUCGCUAGGAAUUUGCAUCCGUUGUGCCGUUUACCUGAUCAGGUCGGCUCUUUCCACAGAAUCAAAGUUAACCCCUUGAGGGUCCUUCAGUUCUAAAGUUUAAAGGUGCUGUUCCGCUGAGGGUGCCUCAUCCCCCAUCACUAGAUAAGUCAUGUAAAGAGAAUCCCGGGCCCAUAACACCAGCGUUAGCGGGUAAAUAACUUACAAGUGCUGCUUAGCAACCGAGCCCCGGCCUGCAGGUUACGUUGCUC